AUGGACGCGUGGCCAAUCUUAAAUGCUGAUGUUAUCCAACUUAUCCUCAAUUAUCUGAGUAUCCGCGAAUUACAGUCUGCACUUUUAGUCAAUCGACUAUGGUGCCGAGCUGCUCUUCCAAUAUAUUGGAAAGCCCCGUUCAGUUAUACGGCGAAAAGAAGUAGGGUCGCGACAAAGACCUACGAACUGUUCCUUGAACGUACCGUUUCAACGCGUUACGAUUAUCCAUCGAUGCUUAAAGAACUAAAUUUCACAAACCUGCUGGCAACUUUAGACGAAAAGGAUUGCUUCACAAAGAUCAACAAAAUACUCCAAAUGCUAUUGUUUCAUGGCGUUCGUCUGGAAUCUUUUAUCAUGGAUAAUUCUGGUACUAAACAUGAAAGAGUGUAUGCAAGUUGGGCAACACCGGUAUACGCCCCCAUAUUCAGUUCGCUCUCUUUCGUCAAAAUACGUACCCCUUUUCAGAAAACUAACGUCUUAAAGAUGCUAGCAAAAAGUUGCACCACACUGUUCCAUCUCGACAUGCAUCUUCACGACAACUCUACCAGUCGCGUUGAUGAAUCGCUAUGUUAUCUGAACGAACUGAUUUCUGCACAGACCUGUUUGUUGAGUCUUCGGCUGGUAUUUCCAAACGGUUUGGGCAGAAAACUAUUCCCAAUACUUCAAGCUCACCCUGAACGUUUCAAACGUAUUGAACUUGUAAAAUGGAACUUUAGAGGUUGUGAAUGGCCAUGGCUGGCACAAUGUCCGAAUUUGAUAGAAUUUGCACUCACAAGCUAUCUUGCACGGGAUCUUGAGGACGUCCUGGGUACCAAUCACGAACCACAUCGUUUGCAAGCGUCGAAAAGUUCAAGGUUAACAACUGCGCACUGGCAUCUUAAAGGAAAUGAUGAAAAGUUUUACUUUCACCCAGACGAGUCAUCGCUAGAACCAUACGACGACAUACCUCCACCGGCGGAAAGCGAAAAGGGAAGCGCCUCACGGACGAGACCCAGACCAACGAUCAGACCCAAAUCAAUGAUGUUCCGCAGUUCUCACGAUCUCAAAGGCAAUUAUUCGGCACUUAUAGACAAGUUGUUGUCGAAUAUGCUUAGUGGGAAUGGGAAUAUUAAUAUGUUUAGUGGGAAUGGUAAUAUAUACCGAUCACUAUGA